AUGAGUGUAGCGACUACGACCUCGACCACGACUAUAACUACAAACACAACAUCUAUCAAUGAUGACUUUGUGACAAUGGACACUUGGGAGUCAAUAGAGUUGAAUGGCAAUCUAUUGGACUUGAGAAAGACACUGCUUUCAGGUCAAUGCUUCAGAUGGAGACGAUUGAAUAUUGAUGGUCAACAACAACAACAACAACAAUAUGGUCCAGAUGAUUGCUGGGCAGGUCCACUCGACCAUCAUUUGGUCAUAUUGCGUAAAGUCAAUGACCAACUACAAUACAAGUUCAUCGAUGAGUUGAGACGAAUCAACAAUGAUAAUGGCCAAUUCAAUCAACAAUCACGUAGUCAACGCAUCUCUGACUACUUUAACCUUGGACACAAUCUUACAUCACUGUGUAAGCAGUGGGCGACGGGCGAUCACUCAUUGAACAAACAGUUUGCUACUGUGUGCACUGGCUUUGAAGGACUACGUUUGUUGCGCCAAAGCCCACUCGAGUGUCUGUUCAGCUUCAUAUGCUCACAGAACAAUCACAUCAGUAGGAUCACAAACAUGGUCCAGUCACUGUCCAAGUUUGGUCCGAUCAUCACUAGCCACGCGGGAGUGGACUUCCAUCGAUUCCCAUCACUCGAUCAACUUGUCCAGAUACAACAAAAACAACUCGAUGAUCUUGGCUUUGGUUAUCGAUCAAAGUUCAUCGUCAAGGCUGCUCAGCAAGUACAAGAGAAGGGUGGUGAUCAAUGGUUACUCUCACUUCGCACUCAAUCACAUGAGGUCGCACAACAACAGUUGACCUCACUCAUGGGCGUAGGACAGAAGGUUGCUGACUGUGUAUGUCUGUUCUCAUUGGACAAGCUGGACAUUGUACCAAUCGACACACAUAUAUUCACUAUAUCAAAGAAACACAUGCCUUCGUUGGCCAAGAAGACAUUGACUCCAAAGAUAUACCAGGAUAUAAGGAUGUUCUGGAAGGAGCGAUUCGGUGAUCAUGCAGGCUGGGGACACACUAUCCUCUUUGCCAAUGAGAUUGCAGAGUUCAAACAAUCAAAUGGUGUCCAGGGUGCUGCCAAGGGUGGCAAGCGAGGCAAGAGUGCCAAGAGUAACAAGGCUAGCAACAAGAAAAGAUCACAGGAUGAUGAUGAUGAGGAGGAUGAUGAGGAGGAAGAGGAAGAGGCAGAAGAUGCACCAGACGAGGCACCAAAGUCAAGUAUUAGUAGCAUUACAGGUCGAACAAGAAGAGCAACAAAGAAGGCAAGAUCAUAA